GAGAGCUCAUCCGCUGCGGCUGAUGCUUUAUAAUGAAGCUGCAGCAUCGCUCUGUAUUUGUCUCUCAGGGAUCGCAGUUAUUUGUUGACAUGGCAGUGAAGUGCAUUCUGGGCCUUGUGGUCCUGGUGGCUGUCUCAGCUUGGGCUGAGGAGGAGGCUUUGACCACCUCAGAGCGGAUCGAGAGAGCCAACAGGGAUGUUGUGCGUUCUCCUGAUGAGCCGUAUGUGGAGGACGAUAUUGCCUAUGACUCUGAGGCCGAGAAGAACGCUGACCCCUGCGUGUCUUACGGCUGCAUGUGGCCCAAGUCUGCUGAUGGGAAGGUCUACGUGGCCUACACCAUUUCCAGCGAGUUCUCCCCUCGAGAGGUGUCCAUCAUCGAGCGUGGUCUUCAGUCCUUCCACGGCUUCUCUUGUCUCCGCUUUGUCAAACGCACCAACCACAGAGACUACCUGAACAUCCAGUCCCUUAACGGGUGCUACUCCUACAUCGGACGCCGUGGCAACGGGCAGAAUCUGUCUCUGCAGCGUUCAGGCUGCGUUUACUAUGACACCGUCCAGCACGAGGUGCUCCACGCGCUGGGCUUCCACCAUGAGCAGAAACGCUCUGACCGUGACCAGUACAUCCGCGUCGUGCUGGAGAACGUCAUCCCUGGAAAGGAGCACAACUUUGACAAAGUCAACACCCUGAACCAGGGAACCACCUACGACUACGGCUCUGUUAUGCAUUACAGCAAGUACGCUUUCUCUAAGAACAACCAGCCCACCUUGGUGGCCAUCCCUGACGCCAACGUUCAGUUUGGCACGGCCACAGAGAUGAGCCAGAAGGACAUCAUCAGGCUCAACAGGCUUUACAACUGCUGAACAGUCUGCAGGUGGAUGAUGCAGAAAUACUUCAGGAAGAGAAUCAUCAUCAUCAUCAUCAUCAUCAUCAUCAUCAUCAUCAAUCAGUGUCUUCAUUUAUUUCAAUCACUGGCUCAACUAUAAAUUCUGUCUGCUUUAAUCAACAUCAAUAAAUCAGCAUUUAAACACA